AUGCAAGAAUUGACAGCAAGAUGUAUUGAUUACUGGCAGACAAGUUGUGCUGAAGACAGAAAGAAAGCUGCUCAGUUGUACUCCGGAAAUAAGAAGAUGUAUAUUAUCGUUAUGAGAAAAAUGACCGAAAUUGAACGAGAUUUAGUCGACCUAGAGGAAUUAAGGAGAAAGUGUCAACAUAAAUUUUCCGAGUUUUUAACAAAAAUAUUUGGAAACCACCAAGACCAACAUAAGAUGAAACUGAAUGUGGCACCAUCCAAAAGCCUGAUGGGUGCGCUACCAGAGUGUAAGCCAAGGGAGUUCAGUGUAAAAACUAGCAAAAGUUCGCCGUUGCCCAGGUCGCCAAUAGAAGAUAUUUUAGAAGAAAGUAAGGCUUAUUCUAUAAAAAUACAAGAUUCCAUAAACCAAACUCCAGUUCCCUACACAUUAGAUCAAGAUGAUAUUGAUUGUUUAUCCCAGAAACAAACAUCUGAAAACCAACCAGAAAAGAGUUCAUCAAGCGCAAGUGAAUCACUCGACCAGAAAUCACCCGGGCACAACACGCCCUUUAACGAAUCAACAGAGAAACUCUCACCUGGGAUAGAAACACCCGGCAUCCAAUCAGUCAGACGGCAAGGAUCAUCCCGAAACGAGCCACGCGUUACCGUCUCAACCGUGAGACAAAAAUCACCAGUGAAUGACUCAUUCGAGAAGCAAUUACCCUUGAUGCAAAAAACGCAAGGGAACGACUCAUCUGAAAACCAAUUACCCAUGAUGCAAAAAACCCAAGAGAAAGGGGCAUCAGAGAUACAGUCAAGUAUGUCACCAUCACCAGUUCACAUACCGCCUGGGUUCCAAACAAUGGGGCUAUCCAGCUCCAUUUCAUACAGACUUUCAGCGUAUGGGAAGCAACCAUGUGAAUCCAGUGACAUUGUACAAGAAAUAAAACCCUUGACUGAUUUACGAACUUUUACAAUUUCUUCGGAGAACACCAAUCGGACUGAAAACUUGAAUGAAACUAAACAAAUUACUACUAAUAAACAUGUUUCAGGAAAACCACUGGAAAUGGGUGGAGAAAUUUCAAAAAAUACGAAAGAUCCAGAAAUGAUACGUUCACGGAAAUCAAAUCCUGCGUCCAUGUCAAAUCGUAUCCCGAGUUUGUCAAAUGACAGUGGAUUUUGUACAUUUGCGGGACCCAAGAAGGAUAUUGAAGAAGAUGCUCCGAAAGGACAUGGUUUGGAGAAUCUAGAGGAAAUCGAUUCUUGUUCAAUUGAAUUAUAA